GGCGGCGGCGGCGGCGGCGGGGCGGCAGCGGCGCCAUGGAGCGGCCCAGGGACCGCUUACACCUGAGACGGACCACCGAACAACACGUCCCUGAGGUGGAAGUGCAGGUGAAGCGUCGACGGACAGCCUCGCUGAGCAACCAAGAGUGCCAGCUGUACCCACGGCGAUCUCAACAGCAGCCAGUGCCUGUGGUGGAUUUCCAAGCAGAACUGAGACAGGUGUUGUUGGCUGAGACCCCAAAAGGUGGUUAAAGUUCUUGGGACAUCAAGGUAGCAGAUUCCAAGUGAACAACCAGGCCAAAGAAUGCAAAACAACCGGAGCGUGAAGAAAAGCGAGUUUUGGGUUUGGUGCUGUUACGCGGGGAGAAUUUGGUUUCCAUGACUGUGGAAGGACC